CGACUUGAGUUCACAACAUGUUCGAGAAGCAGUGAGUCCCCAGCGUUACACAAACCAGCAGCGAUGGCUCUUCUUCGCAGCAUCUCGCGUUCCCUUCCUCUCCUGACGGGGAGGUCUGUCAGCGUCACCUCGUCGGCCAAGUAUCACAAGAAGGUCAUUGACCAUUACGAAAAUCCACGUAAUGUUGGAUCCCUCGACAAGAAUGACUCCACAGUGGGCACAGGUCUUGUAGGAGCCCCUGCCUGUGGAGAUGUAAUGAAACUACAGGUGAAGGUGGAUGAAAAUGGGAAGAUUAUUGACGCCAAAUUCAAGACAUUUGGAUGCGGUUCUGCCAUUGCGUCAUCAUCUUUGGCGACAGAAUGGGUAAAGGGAAAGACUAUGGAUGAAGCUCUUAAAAUAAAAAAUGUUGAUAUUGCAAAGGAGCUAAAACUACCUCCUGUCAAGCUACAUUGUUCUAUGCUUGCUGAGGAUGCCAUAAAAGCAGCUCUAAGCGACUACAAGGUUAAGCAGUCGACUAAAGAGAAAGUUGCCAAAGAAAACGUGCAAUAAAACCAUACUGAAAAAUGCUAGGCGUUUAACAAAUUUAUUGAGAGUGUUAGGCAUUACCUUGCAUUUUCAUGAACUUAGUCCCACUGAUAAAUCUUUUUCCUGAAUAUUUUCCUUACUGACUUAAUUUCAUGCUAUGAUAUUAAUUUUGUAAAAAAUGGUCUUACUCACUAGAUAUUACUCUUUUUUUUUUCUUUUCUAUGUUCCUCCCAACAAGAUACACUUUUCAUGUGCCUCAUUAAAUAGUUGUUUACAUUUGUCUUUGUCCUCUGAACACAAAGCUGGAAAUUUGAUUCUGAAAGUUUAAGAGGGAGAACACUGAUUCUUGCAAGUACUAGAAUUUAUGCUGUGUGUAUUGUUACUGACACUCAACUCCUUGUAGGAAAUAAAGUGGUUCCAUUGAUAUUCAUUUAUUAUUAUUUUCUUAAUAUUUUUUUAGGAUAUGGUAAUAAGGUGAUAAUCAGAUACAUUAUAGAAAUAACAAAAAGUAAGGGACAUUUCUCUCUUGAAUUUGUUGAUAUACUAUUUCAUUACUGGUGUUUGUGUUAGCUUACUUUCAUGAUGGUUGUAGUAACCCAUGAACACUUCUUAAAGGGGAAAAAAUGUAUAUGAAAAUUGCCACAUAUUUUGUAUAUUGAAAUAUGGCCUCUUAACCUACCUAAUUAUAAUAAGCUUAAAAGAUUUUUUUUUAUCAGAUAUCUUUUAUUAAAGAAAUCUGAAAGGUUCAUACUAUGAACAUUACAGUGUAUAUAAUGUAGCAGAAAUAAAAUAUAUGGAAGGA